AUGAAUACUGCCGGUGGUGACACAUUCAAAAUACUACUUGAUUGUGUAGAAAAAGGACAGAAUCGCUACAACGAUAAUCAGACGUCUAUUUUCAUGGUUCCUAGUAUGCUUAGAGAUCUUAGCCAAGGUUCAUUUGAGCCUCGGUUGGUCUCUAUAGGACCUCUGCACAGUGAGCAUAAAAAUGUGCAACAAUCAUCAGGGCUGAAAGAGUCUUAUCUGCACGACCUAUUCCAUAAUUUCGACUUCUCAGAUUCCAUGCGAGAACAAGCUUUAAAAGAUUGUAUGGAAAAGGUAAAUACUUCCAUAAACCAAAUCAAGGCAUCAUAUUCUGUUAUGAAAAGUCCUGUUAGUGAUGACGAGCUUGCCAAGAUGAUGGUUCUGGAUGGUUGCUUCAUACUCGAAUUCUGUUACAAGCAUUUCAAGAAUUACAAAGUGUGUUUGCCAAACAUGAUGCAAAAUGUUUGUAUUGCCAUUGAUCUAAUUUUGGUGGAGAAUCAAAUUCCUUUCUUUGUUCUUCAAGAUUUAUUCGACUGCACCCUCAAAAAACACGUAACAAUUUCUCUUACAAAAAUGCUUUAUACAGUUCUAGCAGAGUACCUCCAUCCAUUCUACUAUCCCAUACCUGAAACCGCCGAUUCAGUCCCAGAUGUUGCCACAGAUUCAACAUAUGAUCAUAUUCUUGGCCUUUUUCACAGACGUUACAAGCUUCCACAAACCAACCCAUCAGAGGAAACCAAACCACCACUACAAUCGGAGGAAACCGAAACCCAGGUACAUUCAGCUAUAGACCUUGAUAGGUCAGGGGUGAAAUUUAUGCCUCACCAAAAUGAAACAUUCCCGAUGACCAUUGAGUUUAAACCAUCUUUGUUUACAUAUUUUCCAUUCUAUUGGGGCAAGCCUACUCUUUUUUUGCCAAAACUUGUUAUUGAUGACUAUAGUGAGCCAGUAUUCAGAAACUUCAUCGCGUAUGAGCAAUCUGUACCUCGUGUUCAUUAUCACUUCACAUCAUAUGCAUAUGCUAUGGAUAAACUAGUCGAUACUCAAGAGGAUGUUACUAGGCUGGUGAAAUCAAAAGUUAUAGUCAACAGACUAGGUUCAGAUGAAGAGGCUGCAAAUCUGAUCAACAGACUAUGUAGAAACAUUUCACUUGUCGAUUACUGUUACACCCAACGGUUCAAAGAAGUGCACGACUAUUACAGUGGUUACUGGCCCAAAAAUGUUGCAAGGUUAAGACGUACGUAUUUCAGUAGUCCAUGGAAUGCCAUUGCUCUAUUUGCUGGAAUCAUCUUGUUUUCUCUGACCGUUGUUCAAACUGUCAUUUCCAUCCUUGCCAUUAUGGCCGAUCAACGCAAUGACGAAGAUGAACAUAAUAGACAAAAUGAAGAAGAAGAGCCUAUAUUUAAUGAAGAUAGCAUGGAUAUCUCAGACCAAAUUAGGAGAGCGCUUGAAAAGUAUACUCCAGUUUUGCUCAAAAGGCUAAAUCAAACAUUGGAAGGGAGGUAA